GCAUAGAUGUAGAUACUAUCUGAAAGAACAUAUAGGCUACUUACUUUUUUAAUUCAACGUGAAGUCAUGGUCAAAAUCUAGUUCAAUAUAUUUGGUUUAUUAUGGAGCCAUGAAUUAAGAGUAAAGUUAGCUACUGAAUGAAUGAACUCUUGCGAUGUCACACCUUGAUGUCACGAGUGAACAGAAUAGAGUGAAUAAAGAUAGUUCCGAAUUUCGACAGUCUAGGGAGGUAUCAUUCCUUUCAUAAACAAUUGUUCUCAAAUUAGCUGGAUCAUUUACGCUAGUGGUUAUCAUUUGUGUCGUGACCCAUAUUGGAGCAUUUCUCCUAAGCAUAAAGGGACGCACAACUGAUAAACCAAUCGGUCCAAAGUCACAUUUAUUUUUUUCUCCAUCCGGUUGGUGACUGUCGCAAAAUAAUUUUACAUCCUAAACUAGUCGAGUUAAAACUCGUUCAAUUCAGAUGCACUUUACUCGUUGUUUUCAACGACAGUAUCGUGCUCUUUACAAGUGUAUCAAAUGUUUAGUUUGCUUUUAAAAGUUAACAAUAGUAGCAUACCUCUACCUGUGUCGUAAUGCUCAAAAUGUUUGUUUAUUCGUUUUGUACUUGUAUGCAGUUUAACUUGUACUUACAAUCUUUAACCGUUAUCUAAAGGCAAAAUGUGACGCCUCAGGCCAAGUGACAAGCGCAGGAGUCGGCGCACAGAAUGCUGUUCGCCAGUCACCGUUUGUCGUUUGCCGUUGCCACACAUUAAAUACAGUUUAUUAAUGUCGUCCAUAAAGUUUGCGUGAUCUCUGAAAAGUGUGAUAAAGUUCUGUUAAAAUGGAGUUGCAGGAACGUAAAAACGACAACGGUGACCUCAAGCCAGAUGUAUCGAAAGACACAUUUCAAAGGAUAAUAGGGUCGUUCGGAAGAUAUCAAUUUUGGCUUUGUAUUUUAAUAUUUUUAUGCAAAUUCUUCGUUGCUUUUAAUCAAAUGGCAGUUAUAUUUUAUGCACCAAAAGUACAGUACACUUGUGAAGAUACAAAAGCCGAAACAUGUCCGUGUUCUCAGCCUGUUUACAAUACUUCGAUAUUUACGAACACUAUUACAAUGGAAUGGGAUUUGAUAUGUGAUAAAAAAUGGUUGGCAAAUUUGACACAAACAUUGUUUCAAGUGGGCACUUUACUUGGUAGCGUAUUAUUUGGAAUGGCUUCAGACAGAUUCGGCAGAAAAAAACCAUUACUGGUUGCAGUAGUUUUACAAUUAGCGUCAAGUACGUUAUCAGCUUACGCGCCAAAUUACUGGUCGUUUACAUUAUCCCGUGUUCUAAUUGGCGUGUCCGUCGGUGGAGUAAUGGUGACUACCUUCGUGUUACUCAUGGAGUUCAUCGGGAAUGAAUAUCGACACGUAAUAUCGGCGUUGUACCAAGCGCCGUUCAACAUGGGCCAUAUGCUGUUGCCGCUUUGUGCAUAUUUUGUAAGAGACUAUACGAAAUUCUUACUUGUGACCUCCCUACCCAGCGCUAUUCUUCUGUGCUACUUCUGUCUUAUACCGGAAUCUGCAAGAUGGUUGAUAGCUGUUAAGAAAACUGAGGAAGCUAUAGUUAUUUUGGAACGGGUAGCUAAAGUAAACAACCGUCAAACCAACGUACGAUCUGAAGUAGAAGCCUACGAGAGGACACUAACGGGAAAUAACCAAAAAGGAAACCUAUCUGAUUUGUUCCGAACACCAAAUCUUCGGAAAAAUAUAAUUUGUAUGUCGUUUAAUUGGAUGACCUGCAGUUAUUGUUUUUACGGAGUCUCCCAGUACGUUGGACAUUUGAGUGGAAAUGUGUUUAUUAAUGUGGCAGCCAGUGCCAGCGUCUCCCUUCUCGGUAGUUUUGUAUCAAUACCACUAAUGAAGAUAGCUGGAAGGAAGACUGUAGUAAUUGUAUUUAAUUUCAUUUGCGCUCUCUGUUUAAUUACAUUAAUAUUUGUACCCUCGGGUACGUUGUCUGUUGUGUUAGCAUGUACCGGUGUCGUUUCUAGUUUUAUUGUUUUCGUUGUUGUAUAUUUAUAUUGUACAGAACUAUUCCCUACGGUUGUGAGGAACGCGGCGAUUGGAUUUUCGUCUAUGAUGGCUCGAGUGGGUUCUAUGUUGGCUCCGUUUGUUAUCGAUGGAGGAGAUAUCGCGUACUGGGUGCCGCCGCUUGGUUUCGCCAUUCUGCCAGUCUUAGCGUGCUGGGUGACUUUCUUUUUGCCCGAAACAAAAGACUGUGACUUAAUGACAACUAUCGAGGAAGGUGAAGUUUUCGGUAAAAAGACAAAAGACGUACAAACAAAAUAAUUGACUGAUAACUUUUUUUUACUUUAUGUUAAAGCGUGUAAUGUAAAAGUGGGGUAACAAUAUUACCUAUAACGUUGUCUAAUUUAACAGCAAUGUAUAAUGUAUGUUACAUCAAUGUCGAGGGCCAAGAGUUGUGAUGUGUUCCAAAAAGUAAUGUAAUCUGUUUAGCGAAAAUAUAACCAAGGACAUUAUUUA